UUAUCUUUAACUUCUUACUGGAAGAAAUGGGUGAGCGCAUUGAUGAUCUUGAGAAGCAUGUCACUGACCUGAUGACAGAGGCUGGGAUAGAAAACACCGAUGAAGAGUUGAGAAUUUGCAAGCACCGUCAAACUGAGAGGGGUUUGACAGAGGACAGGUUGGAGAAACGGGCCAACAGGAACCUCAUGAAGUUCAAAGCCAAGUGUCAAGGCUCACCUCUAGGACAGGUGGAUACAGAAGACCAAAAUACUAUGCCAGGAAAUGCUGACACAAGUGAUAAGCCUUCAUCUUCAACAUUAUGA